AUGUUAAUCAAGACAGGAACGGGGCCAUCCAUGGUCCAGAACCCCACCGCCAUCCACUCAGCCAGAGAUGACUUUCUGAAGGUUUACUGGAAUCAUGCCUCCGGGGAUUAUGACUAUUAUGAAGUGGCGAUCGAGUAUAACAGCACACGUCUUCAAACUCAGAAGCUCAAUAAGACACAAAGCGAGUGUCUGUUCAGUGAUUUGGUUCCAGGACGUCUCUACACCGUAACCAUCAGCACUUGGAGUGGGCAGUACAACUCUACAAUCUCUAUACAUGGACGAACAUUCCCGGGUGCUGUGGGUAAUUUGUCCCUGAUGGAGCGUGGAAGCAGUUUUUUGAGGGUGAAUUGGACGUCUGCUCCAGGAGAUGUCGAUAAUUAUGAGGUUCAGAUUCUCUUCAAUGACACGCAGGUGUCACCAUCUGUGAAUCUGAACAGCACAGUUAGGGAACACAUGUUCUCUAUGCUCACACCAGGCCGGCUUUACAAGAUGGUGCUGUCUACUCACAGCGGGUCAUACCAGCGUGCCGAGAUCCUUGAGGGCCGCACAGUGCCCAGUCAGGUCCAAAGUGUCUGUCUGAGCGCUGGCACCGUAGACCGCAGUCUCAGAGCCUCUUGGUCUUCUGGUGAUGGAGACAUGGACUUCUACUUAGUGUCUCUGUUUCAGGAGACACAUGUCAAGGACACCAAACAAGUCCCUAAACACAUCACACAGACAGAAUUUCACAACCUAGAACCUGGUCAACUUUAUUCAGUUACUGUGCAGUCGGUCAGUGGAACUCAGACGAACAACAGCACAACUAGUGGAAGAACCGACCCCUCCACAGUCACCGGCCUGUGGGCAGAUAAUGAACUGAGCACACACAGUCUGUUGGUGAGCUGGACGGCAGCUGUGGGUAUUUUUGAUGGAUACAGUCUCCAGUUACUAGAUGACAGUGACAGAGUGAUUGCCAAUGCCUCUGUGCUCAACGCUAACAACAGCUACCUGUUUGAGAAUUUAACGCCAGGAAGGUGGUACAAAGCACACGUUCAGACAAUCAGUGGCACUGCCAAAAGCAAGGACGUCACCACUAAGGGACAAACACGUCCAGCAGCAGUGACCGGACUGCACAUAUGUUCCAACACAAGCAGCGAGCUUUCAUUCUGCUGGGGUGCAGCAGAGGGCCGAGUGGACGGGUAUGAUCUUGAUCUGUACAAUCUGGACAAGACCGUACAGUCUCACGUGAAACUGGGAAAAGAUGCUCUGAACUGGUCCUUCACAAACCUGUUGCCAGGAAUGCUGUAUACGAUGACGAUCUUCAGCAGGAGUGGGAUGCUGAGCAGUCAGUCAUCAAUAUGGGCACGUACAGCUCCUGCCUCAGUCAUAGACUUGCAUGUUGAGAAUCAGGGUCAAAUGGACAGUCUUCUUCUGAGCUGGACACGUGGCCCUGGAGCACUUACCAGAUAUUCAGUCUCUGUUGAUGGCUUUGAGCAGCAUUUGGGUCCAGAGAGCACUCAGGUGGUUUUCCACAGACUAGUGGCUGGUCGACUUUAUCCUGCUAAGAUUCAGACCUGGAGUGAAAAUCUGACCAACACUACGACUGCAGUAGGGCGCACAGUUCCUGCACCACCAUCAUCAAUGUCCGUCAGCAGCUCAACCAGCUCAGUGGAGAUAAAGUGGCAUGUCCCAUAUACAGGAGACUAUGAUGAUUUUGAAGUGACGUGGUUUCCUCAGGACACACUUCAGGUUACUGGUAAUCAUUCCACUCAGCGUAUCUUGGACGGACUUCAUCCAGGGCGGCUCUAUAAUAUCAGCCUUCGGACUGUCAGUGGGAUGACAGACAGUCCUGUGACCUACAGCAGUCCUGUUUACCACACUGUCAGAACCCCUCCACAGUCAACUGCAAGCUUCCACUGUUUCCCCUUAAGCUCCACCUCUGUCUCCUGUUCCUGGAUACCUCCACAGUCCGAUUAUGACUCUUAUGUUGUGGAAUGCCACAAACAGGGCUCCAGGACACCGGUGUACACUUACACUCUGGCACACGAUGCUCUUUUGCAGCAUUUUGACAGGCUGGAACCCUUCAGAAACUACACCUUUUACAUCACAGUGAUGUCUGGAGAUAAGCAGAGUUUGACCACAACAAACAGCGUUAUCACUAUGAUUGACAGGCCCCCCAUUCCACCGAUGACAGUACGGGUCAAUGAGCGGUCCACGGUCAUCACCCCUUUCACCAUCUUGUUUAAUUUCAACUGCAGCUGGUUCAGUGAUGCUAAUGGGGCCAUUCGUUUCUUCUCAAUAAUCGUCACAGAGUCAAAUGGUGUUGAUAAUGUCCUGCCGGAGCAGAGACAUCCUCUGCCUUCUUAUCUGGACUACAGACAAAACCACUCUAUCAAAACAUACCAGACAGGCUACUUUCACAGCCUGUGUGCAGAGGGGUCUGACAGCAAGAUCCGUGUUUUUGAGAUAAACCUCGGAGCAGGGAUGAAACGUUUGGGGGGAGCUUGCAAAUGGGAUCCAGAAUCUAUCCAGCAUGGAACGCAUCUUUGUGACGGACCGCUCAAGCCCAGAACAUCAUAUCGAUUAAGUGUUCGUGCCUUCACUCAACUGUUUGAUGAAGAAAACAGAGAAUUUGCACAUCCCCUUUACACCGACACUUACCUCUCCCUCCCACUAUUAACUCUAUCAGCACCACGAAAUGGCCUCACAGGAGGAAUCACGGCUGCUACAUUUCUAGUCGCUAUGGUGCUCGCUGUGUCUGCCUUACUGAUUUACAGAAAGAGAGCUCACAAAAUAGCUGUGCAGGAAAGUCCAGUAAUGAAAAUGUGCAUGUGGAAGGCCUUGCCUAACUCACAGAUGUGCUCAGGCAUAAGGAGCCCAGUGCAAGCAGCCCACUUUGAGUCCCAUCUUGCUAAACUGCAAGCUGAUUCCAGUUACCUUCUAUCUGAAGAGUUUGAGGGCUUAAAGGAGGUGGGACGGACCCAAACUCAGAGUGCUGCACGUCUACUUGGGAACCGAAGCAAAAAUCGAUACAACAAUAUACUUCCCUACGACUCAACGCGUGUAAGACUGUCUUGCUUGAAGGACGACCCCUGCUCAGACUACAUCAAUGCUAACUACAUACCUGGAUACAAUUUCAAAUGGGAGUAUAUUGCCACACAAGGGCCUCUACCAGGUACCAAGGAUGAUUUCUGGCGUAUGGUGUGGGAACAAAAUGUUCACAGCCUUGUAAUGGUAACCCAGUGUGUGGAGAGAGGCAUGGUAAGUUUGUUUUUGUUUGUUUGUUUGUUUGUUGUCAAGCGGGGGGCCAGCAGCAACAUUGCUCUGCAACUGCAGGUCAGACAAGAGGAGCCCAAAGCCAGGUCGCUAACCACAGCGCUGAAGGUUCCAACGUUGCUGAGGGAAGGCAGGAAACCUUCAUUACUAAACCCCAGCAAUCAGGAGCCAGGCCUAAGACCAGAGAGGAGUGAACCUGGGCGGAGGCAGCUAGUGAAAUGGCCUAAAGCGAAUGAGGUGGCAGUGUGGCAGCAGCUCGAUAAGGACCUCUGUUUAAUUCUGGAGCAGUCACUGCGCGGCCAGGUGGAAACCAAGCUGAAUCGCUUUGGAGUCAUCCUGUACGAGGAGUGCAGAAGCAGGUUCGGGGUAGUUGCUGAGAAGCAGAAGGGUUCAAAGCAGAAGGGGAGGAGGGAGAGAGAGAUCGAGCAACUGAUAAAGAGGCGGCGCCAGCUCCGAAAGCAGUGGAGGAAGGCAAGUAAAGAGGAGAAGGAGGGCUUGAAGCCACUGUGGGAGGAGAAGGCGGAAGGAGAAGGAGAGGAGAAACUUCUUCAAAAACCCUUCAAGCAUGCGAGACAGCUACUGGAGGAUAAGAGAAGCGGGAAGCUGGAGAUCACACAGUCACAGCUGGAAAGUUUCUUCAGGGAGCAGUACAGUGACCCAGCAAAUGAGGUAGCAGAAGUUGUACGGAAAGCGAGAGCAGCCUCAGCUCCAGGCCUCAAUGGGAUAUCGUAUAAGCUGUACAAGUACUGCCCAGGGGUCCUGAGACAUCUGUGGAACCUCCUGAGAGUGGCCUGGAAGAACAAGGUUAUCCCUUCAGAUUGGCGACGAGCUGUCACAGUGUUCAUCCCGAAGGAAACGAGCUCUACCACCAUUAGCCAGUUCAGGAGCAUUGCACUCCUGAAUGUGGAAGGCAAGAUUUUCUUCUCCGUCCUGGCAAAGAGGUUGGCUACCUACCUCAUAAGCAAUGGGUACAUUGACACUAGCUGCCAGAAAGCAGGCGUGCCAGGCUUCCCAGGGUGCGUGGAACACUCUGCAGUCAUAUGGGAGCAGAUCCAGAGAGCCAAAAGAGAAAAAGGUGACUUGCAUGUGGUGUGGCUGGAUCUUGCCAACGCAUACGGGUCUGUCCCCCACCAACUCAUCGAGUAUGCCUUGGAUUUUUUCUACAUCCCUGACUGCAUUCGUGCCCUGGUGGCCAAGUAUUUUGAGGACAUCAAGAUGUGUUGCACUCAUCAGGACUUCACGACAGGCUGGCAACAGCUGGAAGUGGGCAUUGCCAUGGGAUGCUCAAUCUCGCCCAUCCUCUUUGUGGCAGCCUUCGAGAUUAUCCUGAUGGGGGCAAGGGUGAUGGUUGGAGGUAUGAAGCUACCAUCAGGCCAAAGGCUACCACCAGUGAGAGGCUAUAUGGACGACAUCACCACCAUUCUUCAGACAGCUGCAUGCACAACAAGGCUGCUGAAGAGGGUUGACGAGCUUGUGGGGUGGGCGAGGAUGAAGAUCAAACCCGCCAAAUCACGCAGCCUGUCCAUCAGGAAAGGGCCCGUCCGUAGCCUGGGUCGUAGUUAUACAGCAGACCUCUCUGAUAGGCAGAUGGGGGAAACAGUGAGAAAGCAGCUCGCAGAUGGCCUCGCCAGAAUCAAUCAGAGCCAGCUCCCCGGCAAGUAUAAAGUAUGGAGCUACCAGUUCAUACUAUACCCAAGGGUGAUGUGGCCUCUGAAGAUGAGCGAAGUUCCCUCCUCGGUGGCAAACAAGAUGGAUGAGCUAGCAAACUCAUUCAUCAGGAAGUGGCUAGGUCUGCCAAGAUGCCUAUCAGAGGUAGGCCUCUUUGGCAGGAACACACUACAGCUGCCACUGCGAUCCAUUGGCCUGGGAUACAAGCAGGAGAAGGCUCGGAUGGUGAUGGAGCUAAGGGAAUCAACUGAUCAACUGGUGAGAGCAGCUGGCCCUAAUAUACGAACAGGGAGGAAGUGGAAAGCCCAGGAAGAGGUCGACAGGGCAAUUAGCAGGCUGAAACACUGUGAAAUAGUCGGCAGAGUCCAGGAGGGUCGAGCAGGCCUUGGGAGGAGUGAGACCCCCCUCUUCUGGUCAAAGGCCUCCAAGGAAGAGCGGAAAGCCAUGGUGGUGGCAGAAGUGACAAGGACUGAGCAGGAGCGCCUUAACAUCAAGUCUCAGAGCUGGCAGGGAGUCUGGAUGUCAUGGGAAGGUGUCACAGACAGAAACCUCCAUCAGUGGUUCGGCACUGAAGAACUCUGCCCCCUUUGCAGUACCAGCAAUGCAAGCCUCCAGCACAUCCUGUCGGGCUGCAAGACAGCAUUGUCCCAAGGCCGCUAUAGGUGGCGUCACGAUCUGGUGUUGAGGAAACUAGCAGAGGUGGCAGAGUCGUGUAGACAGGAGGCUAAUAGAAGACCCUUUGGACCAACGAGAAGUCCCAUCCUGUUUGCAAGGGCCGGGGAAAAAAUCAAUCACCCUCACCAGAGAGCAACAUCUAGAGUCCUCUUAUCUGGCAGUGAGUGGAACAUGAGGGUCGACCUGGGGAGGCAGCUCCAAUUCCCCAGGGAGAUCGUGGAAACUUUGCUCCGGCCAGACCUGAUCAUGUGGUCAGAGUUAUGCAAGACCAUCUUGUUGGUGGAGCUCACUGUCCCAUGGGAGGAGGGAAUGGAGGCUGCCAACGAACGGAAGCGUGCCAAGUACGCAGAUCUGGCAGAAGCCUGCAAAGAGGCUGGCUGGAAAGCCACCACGUGGCCAGUUGAAGUGGGAUGCAGGGGUUUUGUUGGGUCCUCAACGGUUCGUCUGCUCCGCGAGAUGGGAUGUACAGGAGCAGGGUGUCGAAAAGCCAUUAAAGAACUGGCAGAGGAGGCUGAGAGGGGCAGCUUUUGGUUGUGGCUAAGGAGGAAGCACAAGGUAUGGGGGCCAAGAGAUGUACUGGGGUUAAAGGAGCAAAACAUCGAUGACUGGUGGUCCCCAGCUGAUGACCCAUCUUAUGCCAAAGAGGUGGAGCACACCUGCACAAAAGGCACCGGUGGAGGUGCGACAGGCAGCAAUGCCCAGCAGGUCGACCAUCAGCCUGUAUUUCAAUUAGCAUAG